UUUCUGCAUAUAUAAAUGUUCUUGGCUGAUAUGAUAGAUGAUUUAGUGAAGCUGCAGAUGAAUAGAAGAGAAAUUAGGUUCACGGAAUAUAUUCAAAGAAUGAUGAGGACUAUAAGUUUGUUUUUACUAUUUCUAACUAUUGAUGGAGGAUUCGGUUGUUCCUGUUUUCCAAGUCAUUCACAGACGGCAUUUUGUGGAAGUGAAGUUGUUAUCAGAGGCAAAGCAAUCAGCAGAAAUUCAUCACCACAGAAAGAUCAUUUGAAGAACCCUCUGAUAAACAACGGUGCAUUUCCGAAAUUACUGCGAAUGUAUGGCGACGUCGUCUAUGAAAUUGAAGUUAUUGAGAUUUUUAAGCUUCCAUCAGAAACAGAUAUAAAAGUAGGUGAUACUGUCCAGGCUGUUACGGGAGCCAACGGGGCAAUGUGUGGUGGUUAUCUGGCAUUAAAUACUGACAUUUUGAUAACAGGUCGACAAAAUGGAAAAAGUAAGCUUAAGUUUGGUUUAUGUAAUUUCCAAGCAGCGUUCAGCUCUCUAACAAAUGUUCAACUGGAAGGUAUCCGAGGACUGUAUGAUUGCAGGUGUCAAAUUUACCCCUGGCAAACUGAUGCCACCAAGAAAAUUGACACAUGUUAUGUGGAUGAAUUUCCAGGUUAUGAUACUACAUGCCUCGAGCAAUACGGGCGAUGUAGUCAAGAGGAAUCAGGUGAAUGCAAGUGGAAUGUUGAGCAGAAUAACAGCUGUUUAAAUCCGAGAAGAAACUAAUUUAAAAAAAGUAGUUAAAUCCAAACUUGAAAACUAGAACCGAAAGUCUUGUCUGUUAUGAUGGGAAAAGUACAUCAAUAAAAACAAAAUGAAACUUACAA